CAGAAAGCAGAGAUGCUUUUUACUUUGCUGGGAUGUUUCGCAUCACCAACAUUGAGUUUCUUCCUGAAUACCGACAGAAGGAGUCCAGGGAAUUUCUAUCAGUGGCUCGGACCGUGCAACAAGUGGUAAACCUGGUUUAUACAACAUCUGCCUUCUCCAAAUUUUACCAGCAGUCGGUAGUUGCAGAUGUCAGUAACAACAAAGGUGGCCUCCUUGUUCACUUUUGGCUUGUGUUUGUCAUGCCACAUGCCAAGGGCCAUAUCUUCUGUGAGGACUGUGUGGCUGCCAUCUUGAAGGACUCCAUCCAGACAAGCAUCAUAAACCGGACCUCCGUGGGGAGCCUGCAGGGUCUGGCUGUGGACAUGGACUCUGUGGUACUAAAUGACAAAGGCUGCUCUCAGUACUUCUACGCAGAUCACCUGUCUCUCCGCUACCCUCUGGAGAUUUCGGCAACCUCAGGGAGGCUGAUGUGCCACUUCAAGCUGGUGGCCAUAGUGGGCCACCUGAUCCGUCUCUCAAUAGAGUCCGUCCAGAUUGAAGCCGACAACUGUGUCACCGACUCCCUGACCAUUUACGACUCCCUCAUGCCAAUCCGGAGCACCAUCUUGUAUAGAAUUUGUGAACCCACAAGAACAUUAAUGUCAUUUGUUUCGACAAAUAAUCUCAUGUUGGUGAUAUUUAAGUCUCCUCAGAUACCAAGGCUAUCAGGAAUCCGGGCAUAUUUCGAGGUCAUUCCAGAACAAGAAUGUGAAAACACAGUGUUGGUCAAAGAAAUCACUGGCUUUGAAGGGAAAAUUUCAAGUCCAUAUUACCCAAGCUACUACCCUCCAAAAUGCAAGUGUACCUGGAAAUUUCAGACUCCCCUAUCAACUCUUGGCAUAGCACUGAAAUUCCAUAACUAUUCAAUAACCAAGAAGAGUAUGAAAGGCUGUGACCAUGGAUGGUGGGAAAUUAAUGAGCACAUGUACUGCGGCUCCUACAUGGAUCACCAGACGAUUUUCCGAGUGCCCAACUCCUUGGUUCACGUUCAGCUUCAGUGCAGUUCAAGGCUUUCGGACAAGCCACUUUUGGUGGAAUAUGGCAGUUACAACAUCAGUCAACCCUGUCCUGUUGGAUCUUUUAGAUGCUCCUCCGGUUUAUGUGUCCCUCAGGCCCAGCGCUGUGAUGGAGUAAAUGACUGCUUUGAUGAAAGUGAUGAACUCUUCUGUGUGACUCUUAGACCUGCCUGCAACUCCAGCUCCUUCAGGCAGCACGGCCCUCUGGUCUGCGACGGCUUCAGGGACUGUGAGGAUGGCCGGGAUGAGCAGAAUUGCACUCAGAGUAUUCCGUGCAACAACAGAACUUUUAAGUGCGGCAAUGAUAUUUGCAUUAGGAAACAAAAUGCAAAAUGUGAUGGCGCUGCGGACUGUCCAGAUGGAAGUGAUGAGGAAGGCUGCAGCUGCAGCAGGAGUCCUUCCACCCUCCACCGCAUCAUCGGGGGCACCGACACCCAAGAAGGGGGUUGGCCAUGGCAAGUCAGCCUCCACUUUGUUGGAUCUGCCUACUGUGGAGCCUCAGUCAUCUCCAGGGAGUGGCUUCUCUCGGCUGCCCACUGUUUCCAUGGAAACAGACUCUCCGACCCCACACCAUGGACUGCUCACCUUGGCAUGUACGUGCAGGGGAAUGCCAAGUUCGUCUCCCCAGUGAGAAGAAUUGUGGUCCACGAGUACUAUAACAGCCAGACCUUUGACUAUGAUAUUGCCUUGCUACAGCUCAGUGUCGCCUGGCCUGAGACCUUGAAACAGCUCAUUCAGCCAAUAUGCAUUCCUCCUGCUGGCCAGAAAGUGCGCAGUGGAGAGAAGUGCUGGGUGACCGGCUGGGGGCGAAGGCACGAAGCAGACAAUAAAGGCUCCCCUGUUUUGCAGCAAGCAGAGGUAGAGCUCAUUGACCAAACCCUCUGUGUUUCCACCUAUGGGAUCAUCACUUCGAGGAUGCUCUGUGCGGGCGUCAUGUCAGGCAAGAAAGAUGCUUGCAGGGUAAGGAGAUUCGGGUGGACCUUUGUCCUGUCGAAGAAAAAGUGAUGGAAAAUGGAUUUUGACUGGCAUUGUUAGCUGGGGACAUGGAUGUGGAAGACCAAACUUUCCUGGUGUUUAUACAAGGGUGUCAAACUUUGUUCCCUGGAUUCAUAAAUAUGUCCCUUCUCUUUUGUAAUUGUGCAAGUUUGAUUUUUGACUGUGUUUUAUGUGAUAGAUUCUUUUAAAAAGAAUGCAAUAAUU